AUGAUGUGGAUAUUUCGUUAUUUUCUUGUCUAUCUUUCGUUCACCAACCUUGUAACCGCCGAGGAUCAAUGCAGGAAAGAAAUUAACAUUCGUGGCAUGACUCUCAAAGGCUUCGUUUUCAAGAGAAUGACAGUAGCAGCUCCUCGUAACUUUGAUUUCUUAUGUGAAAGGGAAAUUAUAUGCCAGAGCUACAAUUUCAACAGAAAAGAACAGAUCUGUGCAUUGAACAACCGCACAAAGGACGCAAGACCCGAGAACUUCCGCUCGGAUCCAGUGUGGUUUUAUAUUCGUCGUUUGAACGGAAAAGGUAACUAUUCAGCCAAUAAUGUUGGAUAAUAAUGAUCAGUAUUUUGGUCAUACGCUCGACUUUGCUUACAGUCCUUGUUUUCUGAUCUCCCACGCUCAUUGGUAUUGAUUUUUCCAUCAUUUCUCAAUUCUAAUGAUGAACGAUAUUAGUUCUAUCCCUUUUCUUUGUAGUUGCUUUGUAGUUUCCCACCAAUAACGUAGAAACACAACCCACAAUUCCUCCAUUCCCUCUGACGAAGGGCUAACGGUCGAAACAUCUGUUUUUAAACUCUGAACAGUGGUCAACUUACGUUAUCAAGUCAGUUGAUAGCACCAAAUUACCUUGUUAUACUCUCCCACCGACGCAGCAUCACAGUUUCUUUAGAAACUUACCCCCUUUAUUCAGUUUAACUUUUAGUUAACUUCUUCACAGAACAGCUUUGAUGCAUGUGUGAAACAGUGACAACAAAUUAUUUCUUUCUUUCUUCUUUAAAAUGAUACAAAAAGCUUAAGGUCUGGGAAGAAGAUAAAAAAAGCUGGUGGCUCUAAAGGAAGGGUUUAAAAGUGUGGGGGUCCCACUUCCCAAGAGAAGAGAGCUUGACAGAGCGUUUAAUUUAACACAUUCGAAGGCGGAAUUGAGUGAAUGGGAUUAGAUCCUCAUUCUAAUUCUCUUGUGCUUUUCACUCUCGGCUUUCGACUUGCGCACCUACAUAUACUUUAUUUUCAUCUUUUUUACCUACAUACCAGCUCCCUUGGGUUCGAUUCCGGAGUUACCAGCACGUUCAUGCCGGGAAAUAACAGCAAGCGAAGGGAAAAAUACUGCAAGCACCAAAUACUGGCUGGAUCCAUCUGGCACAGGAAAGGCAGUUUUGGUUUACUGUGAUAUGAAUUUGGAAGGUAAAUCAUCAUUAGGUCACCGUUAG